AUGCCUCCAAUGAUCAAGAACCAUUCCAAGCAUACCGUUCCUAUACCUCAACCUGUUAUUUCUACAUCUCUUCCUACCUAUGAUGCCCAACCUGUUCCUACUGAUAGCCCUACCCCAAUAGAUAUGAACAACCCUUUUAUUCCUUCUCCUGCACAACAUCUCAGUAGUACCUUACCUCGGUCUGUUGUUACUCCUACUUUACAACUUGUACUUACUGAGUUACCUCAGUCUAUUAUUAACCCAAAUACCCCUCCUUUACAGGAUGUUCUUACUGAGUUAGAUCCUUUGUCCAAUCCUACAUCUAGUCUCAAUAGGUCAAUUCCAUAUCUCCCUAUGCAACAAACAAAUGUCCCUCUCAUUCCUUCCCAUAAUACUUCUUCUAUCCACUCUCCAUUACCUUAUGGACAAUUCAAUGAAUCCUCUAUUGCAUCUGAGUAUGAUAAUAACAUUUAUGAGACAGAAAAUCCCUUACCUGUUUCCAACCUUAGACACUCUACUCGAACCUCCCAUCCACCUAGUUACCUAGAAGAUUAUCACUGCUAUAACACUACACAAUGUCCCUCUUCCAUGCCAAACAUAUAUGCACUUAUUUAUCCUUUAUCUUCUGUGUUGUCCUAUGAUAAUUGUUCACCUUCCUAUAAACAUUAA